CUCUAUCCAUCCCUCGUCGCGGGGAGACGGCCGGAGGAGAGGCCAGGUCAUGGAGAGCGAGGGUCAGAUCAAGACGUGGCUCUCAGACCGGCUGAUGGCGCUGCUGGGGUACUCCCAGGGCGUCGUCGUGCAGCUCGUGGUCCGGCUCGCGCGGGACUGCGCCUCCGCCGGGGACCUCGCGGCGCGGCUGGUCGACCUCGGCGGGUUCCCUUCCUCCCCCGAUACGGCCGCCUUCGCGGAGGACGUCUACGGCAGGCUACCGCACAAGCAGGGGGCUACCGGAGGCGGCCCAGGGGUCAGUGAGUACCAGAGGCAGAUGCAUGACGCGGCGGCGCUGGUCAAGAAGCAGAGCGAGUUCAAGCUGCUCGACAAAAGCGACGACGAGGAGGUGGAGGGUGGCGUCGCCACGUCGUCUUCUCACAGCGGAAGGAAGCGUUUCAGGAAGAAGGGCCUGCCCCAAGAGAACGACGAGGAGGCGGCCGCAUUGUCCGAUUCUGGACGGAGCGUGCGACGGCGGCGUUGUCCGGAGUCCGACGAGGAUGCCGGCGAUCCUGAUGAGGAGGAAGAGAUGAGGCGUGAUCAGAUUGAGAGGGCCCAGCUCGAACGGAACAUCCGGGAACGCGAUGAGGCGAACACAAGGAGAUUGAUGGAUCGGAAGGCGUCCAAGCAAGAGCUGGACGAGCGAGCUCACCGAUCUGAAGCGAUGGACAAGGGCGAAACCUCGGAGCUCAGACGUUUGUCCCGUCGCGCGUACCUGCAGAAGCGGAAGGAGAAGAAGGUCGAGGAGAUGCGGGACGAGAUCCUAGACCACGAGUUCAUGUGCGAUGGCGUCAGGCUCACGGACGCCGAGGAGAGGGAGUUCAGGCGCAAGAAGGAAAUAUACGGCCUUGUCCACGACCACGCCGAGAACGGCGACGGCGCCGGCGACUACUACAGGAUGCCUGACGCCUACGAUGACGCCGCGAACGCGGACCAGGAGAAGAGGUUCUCGGUUGCGAGGCGGCGGCACGACGACGUCAGCACUGAGGCGAGAGGCCGCAAGGCGAACGCUUUCUCGGAGCAGGAGUCCUGGGAAGAACAGCAGAUCAGGAAGUCUCGGCUGCAAUUUGGAUCGAAGGACCGCAGCCGCCCUGGCGAAGAAUACGAGUUCGUGUUUGAAGACGGCAUCGAGUUCGUCAAGUCGGCGACGAUGUUGGGCACCGAGCCGGACGACGAGGCGGACGAACUGGCCGACGACAUUGAUGCCAAUGUUAUACUGCAAAGGGAGCUCCAAGACGAGAGGGAGACCCUCCCGGUCUACAAGUUCAAGGACAAGCUCCUCAAAGCCAUUGCGGAGCACCAGGUGAUCAUCGUCGUCGGCGAGACCGGCUCCGGCAAGACGACGCAGAUACCUCAGUACCUUCACGAGGCCGGGUACACGGCCAAGGGGCGGAAGAUCGCGUGCACGCAGCCUCGCCGCGUGGCGGCGAUGAGCGUGGCGGCCAGGGUGGCGCAGGAAAUGGGCGUCAAGCUCGGCCACGAGGUGGGAUACUCCAUCCGGUUCGAGGAUUGCACGUCGGAGAAGACGGUGGUCAAGUACAUGACCGACGGGAUGCUCCUGCGUGAGUUCCUCGGCGAGCCGGACCUGGCCAGCUACGGCGUCGUCAUCGUGGACGAGGCGCACGAGCGCUCGAUCUCCACCGACAUCCUUCUGGGACUCGUCAAGGACGUCGCGCGGUUCCGGCCGGACAUGAAGCUGCUCAUCUCCAGCGCGACGCUCAACGCGGAGAAGUUCAGCGACUUCUUUGACAUGGCGCCGGUGUUCAAAAUCCCGGGGAGGCGCUACAAAGUGGACAUCCACUACACGGCGGCGCCGGAGGCGGACUACGUCGACGCGGCCGUAGCGACGGUGCUGCAGCUGCACGUCACGCAGCCCCCCGGCGACAUCCUACUGUUCCUCACGGGGCAAGAGGAGAUCGAGACGGUGGAGGAGAUCCUCCGGCGCCGGACCCGGGGCCUGGGCACCAAGAUCGCGGAGCUGGUGAUCUGCCCGAUCUACGCGAACCUGCCCACCGAGCUCCAGGCCAAGAUCUUCGAACUGACGCCGCCGGGCGCGCGGAAGGUGGUGCUGUCCACCAACAUCGCCGAGACGUCGCUGACCAUCGACGGGAUCAGCUACGUGGUCGACCCGGGGUUCUGCAAAGUGAAGUCGUACAGCCCGCGCACGGGGACGGAGUCGCUGCUCGUCCGCCCCAUCUCCAAGGCGUCGGCUGACCAGCGCGCCGGCCGGUCGGGGCGCACGGGCCCCGGCAAGUGCUUCCGCCUUUUCACGGAGCACAGCUUCAAUAUGGACAUGGAGGACGAGACGGUGCCCGAGAUCCAGCGGAGCAACCUGGCCAGCGUGGUGCUCUCGCUCAAGGCGCUGGGGAUCAACGACCUGGUGAACUUCGACUUCAUGGACCCGCCGGCGUCAGAGGCGCUGCUCAAGGCGCUCGAGAACCUCUUCGCCCUCGGCGCGCUCAACUGCCGCGGCGAGCUGACCAAGACUGGACGUCGGAUGGUGGAGCUUCCGCUCGACCCUAUGCUGAGCAAGGCGAUCGUGGCGUCCGAGCGGUACGGGUGCUCCAAGGAGGUGAUCACCAUCGCGUCCAUGCUGUCAGCCGGGAACGCCGUCUUCUACCGGCCCAAGGACAAGGCGAUGCUCGCCGACUCCGCGCGGCAGCGCUUCGAUGCGGCCAACGUCAGCGACCACAUCGCGCUGCUCAACGUGUACACCGAGUGGGAGGCGUCCGGGUACUCGGCGCAGUGGUGCCUCGAUCACUUCGUGCAGUCGCGCACCAUGCGGCGUGCACGGGACGUGCGGGAGCAGCUGGAGGCGCUGCUUGAGCGGGUGGAGAUCGACCGCCAGUCCUGCGCCGGCGACCUCGAUGCGGUCAGGAAGGCCAUCACGGCGGGGUUCUUCCACAACUCGGCGCAGCGGCGGAGGGAUGGGACGUACCGGACCGUCAAGAGCUUGCGGACGGUGUUCGUGCACCCGAGCUCCGGGAUGGCGCGGGUGGACCCGCCGGCGCGUUGGGUGGUGUACCACGAGCUGGUGGAGACGACCAAGGAGUACAUGCGGCAGGUGACGGAGCUCAAGCCGGAGUGGCUGCUGGAGAUCGCGCCGCACUACUACCGGGACAACAACGUCGACACGCCUGAACCGAAGAAGAAGGCGGACAAAGCGCAAGGGCAGAGCACGAGCGGCGCAGUAGCCACGGAGAGGCGGAGUCGAAUCUGAAUGACUUCUUUAAAAUAUAAUCACUAACGUGUGUACAACGGGCAUCAAACUUACAUGUAAUAUUUAACCGUUGUCAACUUGUAGCAAGUCAAUUUGUGUGAAGUUCCGAACAAUGGGCUCAAGAUAUUUGUUUACAGUCAGCUAUCAUAAGGAGCUAGUAGCCACCGAUUGAAUGUAAUAUUUA